CCACACUUACCCUGUUUACCCAUCUCUUUAAGCAUAUUUUUUACAAAAACCUUUUUUCCUUUACACCAACCCAAACUAUACCGUAAAAGUUAAGAAUGAAAGAGUAUUGGACCCCUUUUGCAUCUCUUCUGGGCGUUUUGGCCUUCUGCCAAAGCCUAAUCCAAGUAGUCUUUCCACCUGAACUCCGCUUCGCCAUUGUCAAGCUCUUUAACCGGAUCUUCCACGGGUUCUCCUCCUACUGCUACUUCGACAUCACCGAGAUUGACGGCGUCAACACCAACGAGCUCUACAACGCCGUCCAGCUCUACCUCAGCUCCUCCGUCUCCAUCACCGGCAGCCGCCUCAGCCUCACCCGCGCCCUUAACUCCAGCGCCACCACCUUCGGCCUCUCCAACAAUGAUUGCAUGGUCGACACCUACAACGGCGUCACCGUCCUCUGGGAACAUGUCGUCACGCAAAGGCAAGCUCAAACUUUCUCGUGGCGUCCUUUACCAGAAGAGAAACGAGGUUUCACUCUCCGAAUCAAGAAACGCGACAAAACGCUGAUUCUUGAUUCGUACUUGGAUUACAUAAUGGAAAAGGCAAACGACAUACGUAGAAAGAACCAGGACCGUCUUUUGUACACAAACUCGAAAGGUGGAUCCUUGGACUCGAGGGGACACCCGUGGGAGUCUGUCCCGUUUAAGCAUCCAAGCACAUUCGAAACCUUAGGCAUGGACCCGGUAAAGAAGCAGGAGAUCUUGGAGGAUCUUAUGGGCUUCGCCAACGGUCAAGGAUUCUACCAAAAGACUGGGCGGGCCUGGAAAAGAGGGUACCUGCUUUAUGGACCGCCGGGGACAGGGAAAUCAAGCAUGAUCGCAGCCAUGGCAAACUAUCUGGGUUACGAUAUUUACGACUUGGAGCUGACCGAGGUGCAUACCAACUCGGACCUGAGGAAGCUGCUGAUGAAGACGAGCUCUAAGUCCAUAAUUGUCAUCGAAGACAUCGAUUGCUCUCUAAAUUUGACGAACAGGAAGAAGGCUAAUGGUACUAGUUCGCACGCGAGAAGCGCUUACUAUGAUAUGGGUGAAAUGCGAGGUGGGGGUGGCUCGGGUGAAGAUGGUGGUAACAAUACGAUGACGCUGUCGGGAUUGUUGAAUUUCACGGACGGAUUAUGGUCUUGCUGUGGGAGCGAGAGGAUUUUCGUGUUCACCACAAACCACAUCGAGAAGCUUGACCCGGCAUUGUUGAGGAGUGGGAGGAUGGAUAUGCACAUAUUUAUGAGCUACUGUUCAUUCCCUGCGUUGAAGAUACUGUUGAAGAAUUACUUGGGGCUGAAUGAGGUUGAUUUGGAGGUUGCGGUCUUGGAAGAAUUGGAAGGUGUCAUUGACCGGGCGGAGAUGACUCCGGCGGAUGUUAGCGAGGUCUUGAUCAAGAACCGGAGUAAUAAGGAGAAAGCGGUGAGGGAAUUGUUGGAGGCGUUAAAGGUGAGGGCGGAGACGAAUGCGAAGACAGGUGGGCCAAGGGAGAGGGACGCGGAGAAUGUGGAAGAGGACGAGGAGCAGGAGAAGAGGGCCUUGGAAACUCCCAAACAAGGGUGUGACGAGUUUGAAGAGGAGAGUUGCAAGCAAAGAAAAGGAAAUGAUGAGAAACAUGAUGAUAUAAUAAAGAAAUGAAGCUUUCAUUUUUCUACUUUAUUUUUUCCCCGUUUUGUU